UAUAUUCACUCAACAGAACGUUGUUAUGACUGUUGUCAAAAUUGUUUUAUAACCGAUUUCCUUUUCUUGUCGUAUCUCAACUUUAUAAAGGAGUUAGUUUUGCAUGUUUUCAAUCUUCCUAUAUUUUGUUGUACAUGCGAAAGCUAAUGGGACUGUGUGUAUUGAUGCAAAAUGAAAAAAGGGGAUAAUUGAACUGAUUUGCAUAAUGGUUCGGAAGGAGAUAGGUGCACGCUCUAGUGGGUCUGCGUGUGUUCUAAGUUGUUUACGGCUGUCUCUUUUUUUAUGACUUUAAGGAAAGACAAGGAAUAAGCGGAUGAAAUAAUGAGCUCUCAUCAGAUGAAAUUAGUAUUCAUGGCAAAAGAAUUUUAUUUGAAACAGUGUUUCACUCUUUAAAGUCUAAUGUCAUGUUACAUUGUAGAAUGGACUGAUUUUAGUUAGAUGAAUUGGUCAGUUGCUCUUUUUCCUGUGCGUGGAUUGUUUGAAAAACAAUGAAAAUAUUCAGAAACAUCUGUCGCCUAGAGAACUUGAGAAACAAAUAUGAGUGGAACGGAAUGUGCUUAUUUCAUAAAUACAUCCUCGGCUUUUGAAAAGGAUCUGGAUAUUCAUUUCUAGGUACAAGGAACGAACAACACGGUUUAAGUACGGAGUAACGGGGGGAUAUUUGAAUAGUGUCAGCGUUACAAUAAUAAUCUGCUCUAGAUCAAUCCAUAAUUUCAUUUAAUUGCAUCUGAAUGAUUUCAGAGUUAUUCUUUAAAAUACAGUUUUCUAUUUCGUGCUCACAACUCUGGACGUUCUUCUAACAUUUCGUUCUCCUUGACUUAUGCGACAAGUUGACUUUUUGUUUCAACAAUAUGGCAUUUAAAAAGCAUUUUUUUGCAUCUACAAACGAAGAAAAUAUUAAUGAAAACAAAUUGUUUUUGAAUUAUAAAAGAAACGAAAACACAUUAGUGUCACAAUAUGCAAAGUGUGCGACGAAUAGUACUAGUCUAUAGUUGUUAGCAGCUGGUCUUAGCGCAUGAGAGAGAGAGACUGAGAGACAGAGAGAGAAAGAGAGAAAAAAAAUAAGAAUGCACAAUAAUUGAAAAAACUGCGACCCUGUAUUGUGUGUGUAUCAUUUUCAAAUAACUAGUGCCAAUAAAAAAAGGAAAUAUAAUUUUUUUGUUGUUUCUUCCCACAAACACCAUCGGUUUUCAUUGAAGCUAUCAUAACUUUUGAUAAGAAUUAUAUACUCCUACGACAUUAAAAUAUAACAGAAAAAUAAAACGCUGUAUGACUGGCUCAUUGAUUAUAUUUCAUUUUAUUUUUUUUAUUCGACUAAUUUCAAGGACACAUGAUGCAAUUUUCGACAAUAAGGACGUUGCACAUUUUUUUAUUUUCAUCUUCAGUCUGAUUAGUAAAACUAGGGUAGGUAUUUUAUGGCAAAUAACAGUUGUUGUUUUAUCCAUAUCAAAUGCAGCAAAUAUAUUUGAAAAUUUUAAAGUUUAAAUUCAGUUAUAUAAUAAAAAUGAUUAAACUAAAAAGUUUCGAACAUUUAAAAAUAUUUAAAAUAUUAAAAUCUGUUUCAGAUCUGUUAUUACUUUUAUUAAUUUGAUCAUUAAAGUAGUUACAGUUUGUCUCAAUAUCAACCAAUCGAUUUUCGAUUACGUGAGAACAUUUUACUUUUUAAUCACGUUCAGGUAUCGGUCAUUAUCUAUGUUUAUUUGUCAUUGAUUAUAUUAUACUUGAAAAAUUUAGAAAUGUUGAUGAAAAAAUGGAGACAUGGUAUAGUUUAUCUGGUUAUCUGUCUCUGAAGUCGAUUGGAGCUUUAAGUCUUCUUCUACCAUCUCGACGUUAUUGGUUUGCAUUUAACGAAAAUCAACAAACAUUACAAAUUUUUCAUACCGAACGUGAUCAAAUUACUAACAAAAUUCCUGUUGAAAGUAUUUCCAUUCAUCGAGCAGGUAUUACAUUAAGUCCAACUGAAGAACGAUUAUUUAUCAUAUUAACAGAUAAUAGAGAAUAUCAACUUAAAGCGGAUAAUCAUGAAUCAUUAAUGAUUUGGCUUUUGGGUUUACAGUCAAAAAGAGAUGCAACUGAAAUACAAUAUAAAAAAUCUGUAAUUAUGGAGAAAGAUUUAAUUAGUGUACAAGAUCCAGAAGAAGAACAUACCAAUGUAUACCUUUAUGAAGAGAAAAAAUGUCGUCUAGAUGUUAAUUCAUCUGCUGUUGAAAGUAGAAAAAUGAGUGUAUGUUCAAAUAAAGAUCUAUGUGAAUCAUGUUCAUCUAUUAUAUGUUCGGAAUGUCGUACAAUUGUUCAAUCAAAAACAUCAUCUACAUUAAAUUCAUUAACGAGUAUUCAACAACAACAACAUUUAAUUGAAUCAUGUUAUAGAACUGGUUCAUCAAGUAAUUCAAUAGAAUCAUGUGAUUCAGCAUUUUGUGAAAAAAUAUUUGAUCAUCAUUAUGAUGGACAUUCAACACAAAAUCAUACAAUCAUUCAUGAUACACUUCUUUCAUUAAAAUGUGAAUUAGCAUCAGCAUUAAAUAAAGAAUGUAUUUAUUUAUCAAUAAUUAAAGAAAAAUGUGAUAUUGUGAGAAAAUUAGAACGACAAUUGUCAGAUAUAAUUAUAGCUACAACUGCGUGUAAUAAAUUUUCUACAAUUUCUAAAAUUUUUACAGAAAAAACUCGUGAAACAAAUAAUGAAUUAAAAUUUUUAAAUUGUGAAAUAAAAAAAUUACAUAAAUUAAUUCGUGAUGAUGAUGUUAAAAUACGAAAACUUAUACGUGCAAUUCGUGUACAACAAACCCAAACACAAGGAUUACAAAGAGAUUAUGUUUAUUUGUUACAAACAUCAUUAUCUAUAGAAGAUUGUCGACUAUUUGGCGGAGUAAAACAUCGAGAACGUCUUAAAGAACUUUUAGCCGAGUGUCGAAAACGAGAUCCAUCAUUACCAUCAUUUGAAAAUUUAGAAAGAUGUGGUUGUUAUAUUGAUUCGUACGGUUUUAAACAUGAGAAAAAUAAUGAAAAUGAUAUGUUACAAUAUAUUUGUAUGAAAUUAACUGAAUUUUAUGAUCAAAAAGCUCAUGUGGCUGAUGAAUUACUAUGGCGAACAUUAAUAACAUCAUUUACUAAUGGUACUACAGUGUCGAAAUCAUUUAAAAAUCUCAUUCGACAAGGUAUACCACACAAUUUGCGGUCAGAUAUUUGGCGUUCAUUAAUUCUCAAGAAAAUUCGUCAAUUACGUGAAGUACUAGAAGUAUUUUGUUUGUACAAUCCAUUAGUUGGCUAUUGUCAAGGAAUGAAUUUUAUUGUUGCCAUUGCCCUGUUAUUUUUAGAACCAGAAAAUGCAUUUUGGUUAUUAGUUGCCGUUACUGAAUGUUAUUUUCCAUCAAAUUAUUACGAUUCAGGUUUAAUUGGAGCUCAAGUUGAUCAAUUUGUAUUGAAAGAUUUGAUACAAAUUAAAGCACCUGAAUUGUAUCGACAUUUUGAAAAUAUUGAAGUGGAAAUUACAUCAUUAACAUUAAAUUGGUUUAUGGCUGUCUUUAUUGAUACUGUACCAUUUGAGACUUUAUUACGUAUUUGGGAUUGUUUUCUGUUAGAAGGACCGAAAGUUUUAUUUCGAUUUGCCGUAGCAUUACUAAUUAUGAAUCGUGAUAGUAUUAUAACAAAAACUGAUACAAUAUCAAUGAUGAAACAGAUCAAAGAUUCGGCAAAAAAUUUGUUUGAUGUUGAAAGUUUAUUCAAAAUUGCAUUUGAAGAUUUAAAACCAUUUGCAAGAAGAAAAGAUAUUGCUGUUAAACAAGCAUAUUAUACAAAAAUGUUAACAGAAAAAAUACUCAAACGACAAUUAUCAUUCACAAAUGCAUUUACAAAUCAAGACUAUGUUUUUCCGGAGAUUAAUCCAUGUACAUGUACAUUGGACUGUGCCACAGUCGUAUCAGGAGGUCUUUUAUGGAUGGUGUUUGGUUCUCAAUUUGAAUGUCGAAUAUUUGAAGUGAAUAUUGAACGAGGAAUUAUGGUUGAUUUAGAAUUAACCUACAAUUCUCGUGCAUACUGUAUGAAUUGUAUUAGAUCAAAUCUUGUUCUUGUUGGUACUUUAUCGGGAACACUUAUUGGAUAUUCUGUUGAGAAUAGAAAUAUUCAAUGGGCAACGCAGUUAAGCAGUUCUGUUGUAUGUAUAACUCAUUCAACAAAAGAAGAAUUAACUCGUGCUUACUGUGGAUUAUCCGAUGGAAGCUUGGCAAUAUUAGAAUUAUUUGAUAUGAAAGAACCAGACGAAGCAUUUUCAAUUUCAUUGGGUAAAGCACCUAUAACUGCUAUUAUGUUAUUAAAUGAAAAUUUAUGGUGUAUAUGCUCAAAUAAAUUAUCAAUUCUAAACGAAAAAACAUUGUAUACUCUCAUAUCUAUCGAACUUGCCGCAGAAUAUCUUGAAUUUACAUCUAUUCUUUAUUUUGAUGAACCCACUUAUGUUUGGUUAAUAUUACGUUCGAGUAAUACACUUCAAGUAUGGGAUAAUACUAAUUGUAAACUUUAUGCAACUGCUUCGUUAACAAAAGUAUUUAAUAAACUUGGAAAGCCAAAUAAUGAACAUGAAUUAACGAGAGAACAGAUGAUUGAUGAAGAAGAUCGUACACUUAGUGAAAUUCGAAUCACAUCCUUACUAGUACACGAUAAUCAGUUGUGGCUUGGUAUAUCAACGGGUAGCAUUUACGUAUUUGAUGUCAAUUUUCAACCGAAAAAAAAGAAAUCUUCAAUAAUGAAUUUUCAAACAGAUUUGUCUCACUAUCGUUCUCGAUCAUUAAGUAUUUCGUCUAAUUUAAUCGAUACGUCGCAUCGACUCGUACAAGAUAUUAACGAUAUGAAUAGUACAUUAUUACUCGAUAAACGUUCUACAACUCGUUCGUAUUCCGAAUCAGCGGUUGUUAAAAUCGAUAAAAAUAAAAACGAUUUUAUUACUCAUAAUGAUCAUGAAGAGUGGUUAACAGCGAUGCAUUUAUAUCGAAUUACAUUUAAUGCAGAUGUAAUAGUAACAAGUGAUAAUAGUACGUCGAAUAGUACAAAGGCAAGUUUUUUACGAAGAAGAAAACGACAUCAUUCAGCAUGUGUUCUCGGAAAACAACUUGAAAAUGGUCAUAAACAUUAUUCUCUACGUAAUGAAACAAAGUUAAAACAAUCAUCAAAAAAACUUAGUAUUCAUAAACCAAAACGUAUGUCCGAUUCGGAUACAUCAACAACGUUGGCUUCUCGUCAUACACGUUCCUCUAGUCCGGCAAUAAUUUCAACAGAUGAGUAUACAAAACAUACUCAUCGAACAUUAUCACAAUCAAUUGCACAAAAUCAAAAAUCAAUUGACACAUCAACAAUGACUGUCAAUUUUAAUCUUGCAUUUAAAGCAAAAAUAUCGGAUUCACCCGUUAAAUGUAUAUGUAAAACAAGAUACAAUGAUCAAACAGUUAUUGUGACUGGACAAGGAAAAUAUGGAGAUGAAGAAACCGUUCUACGAUGGAAAAGAGUUCAAGAUACAACCCAAUGGUCAAAUGAUGUGAUUGUUGAACUUAGUCCAGACUCAUUUAUUCCAAUACGCCCACAACAUGCGAGAUGGAAAUAUUUUAAAGAAAGCCGUGAUCAUUCAAACAGUAUUUCAUCUAAUUUCUAA